CGCCAUUGCGUUCCGCCAUUUUGCUUGUUCAGGAGAGAACGUAAAACAGCUCCUAUGUAUUCUAAAGUGGUGAUUAGUUAUUUAUUUUAAUACAAUUAGUGUUUCAAUACACUAAUGGCUUGCUUAAAUACACUUAAGUUAGAAAUUAAGACUCUAGAACAAGUGUUUCCCAAAAAUCAUGAGCGGUUUCAGAUAAUGUCAGCUAGUGUCGACGAACUGACCUGCAGAUUCGUUGGCAAAAAUGGAAAGAAAUAUGAGAUACACGCGAAUAUCACAGAGACAUACCCCAAUACACCACCUGUAUGGUUUGCGGACAGUGAAGAUCCAAUAGUCACAAAUGCAGUGCAAAUUCUCAGUAAUACACAGGGGAGAGAUAAUCAUGUUAUAAAUCAGGUGGGUAUAUUAUUGAGAGAGCUAUGCAAGUUACAUGGUGUGCCCGAGCCUCCAGAUUUGGACUCGCUCUCUCUGCCUGUCCACCCUAUGCCCCAUCAGAGAGUACCAAGUGUAACGUCAAAUGGAGCAGAGUCAGGUACGGAAGAAGAUGAGGAAAUGGCUGCCGAAGAAGAUGAAUCAGAGGGAGAAGAUGACUUGCCACUAGAAAUGGUUGACGACGCUGGUAGAAGCAACAAAGACGACAUGGAAACAGAACACUUAGCCACAUUGGAGCGAUUGAGACAGAAUCAACGGCAGGACUAUUUAUCAGGCAGUGUAUCUGGUAGUUUACAAGCGACAGACCGUCUUAUGAAGGAACUCAGGGAUAUAUACCGUUCACACUCAUUUAAGAAUAAUAUGUAUUCUAUAGAGUUGGUAAAUGAUUCACUUUAUGAAUGGAACAUUAGACUAAGAUCAGUGGAUCCGGACAGUCCGCUACAUAAUGAUCUGCUAGUGCUGAAGGAGAAGGAAGGGAAGGACUCGAUAUUACUAAAUAUCAUGUUCAAGGAGACAUAUCCUUUUGAGCCGCCUUUUGUUCGGGUUGUUUACCCUAUUAUAUCUGGAGGCUAUGUGUUAGUUGGAGGUGCGAUAUGCAUGGAGCUAUUAACAAAACAGGGCUGGUCGUCAGCGUACACCGUGGAGGCGGUGAUAAUGCAAAUAGCUGCGACUUUAGUGAAAGGCAAGGCGCGGAUUCAGUUCGGCGCGACUAAAGUCGUGUCGCAGUCGCAGUACAGCCUCGCCCGCGCGCAACAGAGCUUCAAGUGCCUAGUGCAGAUACACGAGAAGAAUGGAUGGUUCACACCGCCAAAGGAAGACGGCUAAGUGUAGCCGUCACACAGUACAUAAGACUAACGUGUUACUAUCGCCCAUGAACUCUACACUAAAUCGGAAAAGUGACGAAUAGUAUUCGAUUCCAUUACGUUUUAUUGAGCGCAGUUUGUAUAUUACUGUGUUGUGUAUGACUGUGGAACGUAUCUCAUAUUGUAUGUGUAUUGAUAAGUGCUAUUAUUGUUCUGAAUGCAGUGCGGUAACGAGAGACUCAUAAGACUUAUAGGAAAUGUUUAAUGUGUAACGUUUUUUGUAAUCAUUAAUUUUUCUCGUAAAGUUAUCCAUAUGUGUAGACCUAGACGUUAACGAAGUGUAAAGUUGAAAAUUCUUUGCAUUUCUUUUUAGUUAUCGGAAUAAAAGAACCUGUGAUUCGUAAA